ACGAGGAGGAGGAGGAGGAGGAGGAGGAGGAGGAGGAGGACGAGAACAGGGAGAAGGAUGAGGAAUAGGAAAAAAAGAAAAGAGAGAGAGGAAAAAGAAAAAGAAGAAAACGAUAAAAAGAAGGGAAGAGGAGGAAUAGUAAAAAAUAGAAGCAAAAGAACACAUAGAAAGGGGAAGAAAGAAGGUGAAAUAAGAGUUACAACGUAAAACUUCAAUGACAAUAGAAUACGAUGUAACGUAAAACUUCAAUGACAUAAGAACAUAAGAACAUAAGAACGCAGGAGUCUGCAAGAGGCCGGUAGGCCUGUACAAGGCAGCUCCUUUGAACCUAAGCUCCCGUGUAUUUAACCCCACCUAAUAUCGCUGUCCAUGAAUUUAUCUAAUCUAUUUUUGAAUGUGACAAUUGUAUUGGCAGUCACCACAUGACUGCUAAGCCUAUUCCACUCAUCCACCACCCUGUUAGUAAACCAAUUUUUGCCUAUGUCCCUGUUGAAUCUGAAUUUAUCCAGUUUAAACCCAUUACUUCGUGUCCUACCCGGUUAUCUUACCAACAAAACCUUAUGAAUAUCCCCCUUAUUAAAGCCCUUCAUCCAUUUAUAAACCUCGAUCAUGUCUCCACGCACCCUUCGCCUUUCUAGAGAAUGCAAGUUUAACUGUUUGAGUCUUUCCUCGUAUGGCAAGUUUCUCAACCCCUGAAUCGUCUUAGUCAUCCUCCUCUGCACCGAUUCUAACAUUAUGAUAUCCAUUCUAUAGUAAGGUGAUCAGAACUGAACCGCAUAGGUGACCAGAACUGACAAUAGCAUACGAUAUAACGUGUAUUCUUUCCCUAACGUCAUGUAAUGUUAUAUGUGCAGGAUGACCGGAGCCUCGUCGCUUUCAUCAGCACAAAAACGAUAGUACUCCAGAGACACUCCUGACGUGCGUGUGGCCAUGGUGACCUGCCAACCUCUGCUGCUCGCGGCCCUCACGGUGACGACAGGCCUGCUGGGGAUGGGCUCUCGAGGACUCCAAGUCAUCGACCCUGAUGACCCCCCCUCGGAGGCUGUGGAUCUUGAGUCUCUCUCCCAACAGGUCUUGCAAGAUGAGAGUAAACGUGGUACUCGGAUAGACAGUGACGCAUCGGGUGACAGCUGUGGCGACGCAACUCCAACCGAUGCUCAGAGCGACCAUGAAAACGGAAAGAUGACCCCUUUUAACACGACAAAAGAAGAGCCUGUUGAUGGUCGUGCUGGUAGAUUCCAGCGGACAACCAGCCGGUGGGAGGCCGUGCUGCCCGGGGUCGCGAGGCGGGGCAGGCAGCGCAGGAAGAGGGCCGCCCUUUACUGGCCCGCGGACAGUCUCUUCGUCGCCGAGUUCUUCUUCAUCGUCCCUAUCCAGGCGCCUACGGGAGUCAGCAUCCCCUUCACCAUAGACGUGCCCUACGAGUUUACUCUGCCCAACGUCACCAAGAUAGGCGCGAUGGCCCGCGAUGACCGCCUCGACCUGUACGGCGUCGUGGAGCGGCUCUUCGAAAGGUUUGGGCUGGACGGGCGGGAGUGCCUGCUGCGGGCGGUGUGUGAGCGGGCGAGCAGCAGUCUGGAGGGCGCCGGAAUGCUGGGGGAGGUCCUCACCACCAUCCUCACGGCGUCGCUGUCGACAAGUUCGGAGGGCAUGUACGAGUAUGUGCUGGCGGAGCACAACGGGCGGACGGACGGCGAGUGUUGGACGCACUACCCCCGCUGCCCCAUCUCACUCUUCAACUGGCUGGAGUGAACACCGCCAGUCCCACCACCACCACCAACAACAACAACAUCACUACCACCACUACCUCCACCACCGCUACAAACGCCACAUUUCGACUAGUAUUUGUAUUUUAGAUUAUAAUUUUCAUUUUUAUUUAUUCUUAAUAUUACGACUAUUCCUAAGAGGCAUUUGCUGUGUUUCCGAAGGGCAGUGCGAUGAUGUGCAUGUAAUACUGUGUUCUCGGGAAUGAUUCAGCUCUAUUAGUGUAAUGAUGUGAACUUCGUUUCAGUGUUAUUUGUAAAAAAAGUAGUUUUACAAGGUGUGCAACGUUUGCAUAGCAAAAUCAGAACUAACUAUUUUUCCGGGUUUUUUUUCUUAUAAAGUUGCUGGACAAUGACUGUACUUUUGGAAUUACACAAGAAAAGUAAGACCAACUUUAUUGCUUAUAAUCAUUCAUUGUUGCAUAGCAAGUUACGUAACAGUCAAUGUGCACUGGAUGUAAAAUGUAUAUGUACUACCUUUAGUCUGAGAAUGUGAUGAAAUUAUGUGGACAACUUAGAAUUAUUUUUCUGCCGGCAUUUUUGCAAUUUCAUUGAACUCACUUCUAAA